GGAAGUUCGUAAAGGUAUUUUCAGCGUAACCAUUAUGGUUAUUGAACUUCCUAAUACCAUCAGCUGACAUUAAGAAGAAUCGGGCCCCUAGCAGGUACGAGUUGUAAAUUAAUGUUUUAUGAAGAAUCAGCCGUUUGUCACUAUGAUUCCAUGGACAGGCUUGUUUGAAGAUGAUUUUUAAAACAAAAUUGUACGCAACUUCGAAGUGGCCAUUGUUCAUUGACAGAUAACUUGUAGACAGCCAAGAGUUUGUAUAAGUAUGUAAGAGUUAAUUGUCUGAAGAUGUCAUAAACUGUCACUAAUUCGAAAUUAUACUUCUGAUUCUUUAAUUACAGUACAUGAUAGACCUGUAAAGAUGCCCUCCAUAUUUCUCCCAGUCGUCUUCUUGUUAGCAGCAUGGAACAAACACCUUACCCAGUCUGUGUACAUUCACGAAGUUAUUACACACCCUCCAAAGGAAAACACGACUUUUUCUGCAUGCCCUCAAUUCUGUGUAUGUGACUUUUCUAGACAUGAAGCCUCGUGCUCCUCGUAUUAUAAGGGAUUUUCUCUCCGUUCCAUUCCAAGAACUUUCACUGUCAGACGUCUUAACUUAUUUGGAGGUCUUUCAUCUGUCCCCCUUGAAAUCCAGUUGAUGAAUGGACUGGAAGAACUUGAUCUCAGUAGAAAUGCUUUGACUGUGAUUGCCGCCCUACCUGUUGGUAACCCUAUGUUGCUGCAAGCUUUAGAUCUUAGUUCAAAUGAUAUUGUGAACAUUUCUCCAGGUGCUUUCAGCAAAUUUGUGAAUCUAAAAAUGUUAUACCUAAGUGAAAACAACUUGCAAGUCUUCCCAAAAGAUGUUUUUCAAGGAUUGAUUAAUUUGAAAACGCUUCAUUUAAGUUUCAACAAUAUCCAUUCCAUUCCUGUGGGUGUGUUUGGUGAGCUACACUCUCUGAAAGAGUUGGAUUUGAGGAGUAAUUACAUUCACUGGAUUGCAGAAGGCACAUUCAAUAAUCUGACUAAUUUAAAAACCCUCCAAUUAAGUGAGAAUAAUUUAAGAACCCUGUCAGGAGACAUUGUGUUAGAUAUGACAAGCAUAGAUGUAGCUUUAUAUGGAAAUCCAUGGGAUUGCUCGUGUGAAUUAGACAGCUUUCUCAAAUUCUUGGCCGUCCACAAAGAAAACAUUUCCAAUGUAGAUCAACUGGUUUGCUACUCUCCUUCAAAGUUGAUUGGAACAAAACUUGUGAAUCUGUUUCAAAGUGAUCUGAAAUGUGAAGUCCCUAUUAUUACGGAAAUUUCGAGUUCCCUGGAAGUGGCUGUAGGUUCUGCUGUGACUAUUCACUGCAAAGGCUCCUUGGAAACCUAUGCCAUAGGAUACUGGGUGACACCUGAGGGAGUAAAAAUCAGCCACAAGUACUACAAAGAAAUUCUGGAUCAGAUGAACGUAACGACUCAUUCACAUCUGAAGUAUAAACACAACAGAGACGACUUCUCUGAAGUGACCAUAUCAGAGAACAAUUCUUUGAAAUUGACCAAUUUUAGGGGUGUUUUCAAUGGAACUUAUGCCUGUGUGAUGAUCAACAGUCAUGGAAAUGAUACGGCAAGUUUAACAUUGACAUCCAUCACCAAAUUAUUUGAUACCAAGUGGGUGGGAAUGAUCAUUGGGGGGCUGAGUGCUCUGUCGGCUUUGGUACUAGGUCUGCUUGUGGGAACCAUCAAACUCUGUGCCAUACAUGUGUGUAAAUGCUCUUGCAUUCUCGUUGAACGUUAUGAUAAACCCAAAAUGGAAACAAAAUACACUUUUGAAGAAUAUACGGACGAUCAGAACUCAGUGAGCAGGAGUUUGGAUUACCAAGAUUCAUAUACUGACUCUUUCCAAAAUGAAGAAUCGCUUCUGAAAGUCCCCUUGAAUUCACCAAUUGCUAGGACGCCAAGAUCAUCUCCAAGGAAAUGUGCCACGCCCACUCCAGAGGACGAUCUGGAGAAAGGGCGAGGAAACACCAACAAUACUUUAAAUGAAGUGAAAGUGAGACUAGAAAAGAAAAUGGAGAAAGUACGUAGUCGAGUGCAUUCCAUCCGAGAGUCUGGCUCGCAGUACUUGAUAACCAUUAAAGAUACGGGAAGCAUUGCGGCUAACCGUGUAAAGGCUGGUGUUGUAAUGGGAGUGGAGCAGGUGAAGUCUGGUGUGAUGUCCAUGAAAGAGUUCUGUGGAACAGGAGAAAUGGCCCAGACUGUAUCUGUCAUGUCCGUCAACACAGAUGUAGACAGCGAAGAGAAAUCCAUGAUAAUCACCAAGAUGACAACACUUUAAGGUGCUUGUAAAGUUGUAUAUAAUAUGUACAUAGUUGUUUCAAUUUCUUUUGAAAUUGUGACUUUGUUUUUCUGAUAUGACCAAAAAAUUAUAGAUUUAUUUUUACAGCUUUAACAUAUUUGAUCAGUUGAUGUUGUAUAAUGUUGUAUGUUCGCCAUUGCUAUGUACGCAAUAGUUUAGCUUAGUGUAUAAAAUCUAUCAAAAGAAACUUGUGUGGGAUAAUUGGUAUUGCAAAAUUACUGCUCAAGAUUAUAUGAGUUGAAAUAUUGUCAUGUGUAUUUGGAUGAAUAGUAGAAACAAAGGCUUCAGCAGAAAGAUCGGGCACACAUUGCCUACUUAGUUACUACUAAUGUAACAGCCAUAUAAUUGAAGGUGCACCAAGAGAUGAUAUACAUUUGGCUUUUCCUAUUGUCAGGUUCUGAAUACAGAGGUGCUAAAAUUUGUUUUAAAUUUCAAAGUCUGCACUUGUUUUGCUUCAUUUUUGUUACUUUACAUGUACAAGUAUCCAUUUAUUUCCUGGAUUUAACAAGAGCAUGUUCUAUUUUUGAAGCACGUGUACAGGACUCGAAAUUAACAUAUGUCCGUCAGUCUGUGACUGGCUAAAAGUCUGGCGGACUGACUGGCAUUUGUUUUAGUCAGUCUGAUGGGACUGGUUAAUUUUCUAAAGCAUCAUUUUGGAAAAUAUAUAUUUAAUAUGAAAUUUCAUACACAUUUGGCAUGCUUCGAUCUGUUUAAUCAACCGGACGAAUCUGAUUCGUAAAUAUAAAUUCCACAUUUAAGUGUUACAAUAUUGUCUAAGGCAUAAUGAGUUAAAUUUCAUUUUAAUGAUAUCAACAAAAUAUAUUUGAUUAUUUCUGGAAAACUCUGUUGGACUGGUAAUUUUUUCUGAGGACUGGUUAAAAUUAUACCCCAUCAGUCCGGCUGGACUGGUGACAUAAAAAGUUAGCUUCAAGCCCUGGUGUAGGGAAUAUGAUUCAUUGAUUUGUUAUAUAUAUAAUGUGUCAGCAUUGUUUGUUUAUUGGGUUAUUUAGUUUUGGACAUAUUUUUAUCUCGGUCCCAGCAACAAUAUGCUCUGGUUGUGAAGGUUAUGAUAUUAUAAUAGAUGUAUGCUGUAUCAGUGCUUGUAUAUAUGCGUGUGUGGUUGGUGGGUGUGUACAUUAUUGACAAACAAAGUAAUGUUUUACAUAAUUUUAUUUCAAAGAUAUAUUGUUUUUAAUGAACUUGCAAAAUGACAUCUACGCCAAAAUUUACAAUUUUAACAGACAGAUUUAGCAAUAGCAGAUGCAGUUCUGACUGGCAGAUCCAGGAAUUUCAGAAGGGGGGGGGGGGGCAUUAAAUAACUGGGGGGCUAUCUUGAGGGGGGGGGGGGCAUUAAAUAGCUGAUGGCUAUCUUGAAGCCCCCAGUGGGUCCAGGGCAUAGCCCUGGUGGGGAUCCCAAGAGACAUGGAGUUCUGUCAAAGUAAGAUACAUAUAUUUUAGUGUCUUUGGACAUAUUAAAAAAUAUUAGAAAUGGUUUAUAUUUUUGAGAGGGGGUGGGGGUGUUGGUUACAUCCAGUGUGCACUGUGCAGGCGCUGGAUCUACCAAUGACUGAGUAGCUAUUAAAAGCAUUGAAUAUUAGAGUACAUGAUAUAUAAUUAUAGCGGCAUAUAUUAAAUUAUAAUUUGUAAACCACGUAUAGUAUUGUGCUUUAUUGAUGUAUAAUUGUAUACAUAUAAAAGAUAUAGUGUGAUUGUAUAUUACCUUUAUCCAACAAAUUGAAAUAGGUUAUACAUUUGUGAUGCUUUGUUGAGCAAGCAUGGAAUCUGUAUAAGCAGAUAUGUAUACUAUUUUGAUAUAGUAGAUGAAGUAGGUAUGAAAUCAUACAUGUACUAUUACACAAUAACUAAAAGCACAUUUAUCUCAUGAAUGUUGGAUAAAGCUAUAGUUUAUUCAGUUGGUGAUAUACACCACACAUGUAUAAGAUGAAUUAUUGCACUGCUAUACAUUCCAUAAAAAAAAAUCUUUGUACUAAUUAUGGUGCAGCUGACUAAGUGAAUUUGUGUCUAGUGUAUCUCUAUUGGGUGGGUAUUCUAUCAACAAUAAGGAAGUAGUCCCCAGUUCAUGAGUAACACAAUAUACAUUAUGAAUGCACUUAGAUGCAGUUUAAAGUUUUUAAAUACACCACUCGUAUGUCAUCAUUGGAGACCCAUGCCUGAUCUCGUCUUCCACUCGCGAUGAGUAGAAGACGUAUCCGGCGAUACUCUUAUCUAUGAAAAAAUCUCAGUUGACUUAUUAAGAAAUUAGUGACACUCACACACUAUAUUGUAUAUAUACUUUGGACAUUUGAUAAAACAUAACAAAAAAUGAAUGUUUCAUUGAUAAACAUGUAUAUUGUGGGGGGGGGGGGGGGGGGGGGGGGGGGGCUUAAUUUGGUUCUAAUAAGUACAAAUAUACUAUUCCUAAAAACACAAAUUAAAGAGACUUGUAAAUCAAAUGUUGAAAUAUAUUACACCUCCCUAUAUAACUCUAUAUAAAAUUCCCUCACUGUUUUGGACUUCGUUGAGAAGUCAUGGAAAUAAAUUACAUACCAUAUGGUAAAUUGUAUUCAUUUUACUUAGCAUGCUAAUAUCAAUUAGAAUAUAAAUUUGAUAGUUUUCAUUUUCGUCAUUUUUUGGAAGAAGCAUGUUUGUAGCAAGUGUUGUUAACAUGUAAAGAAAAGCUGACUUCAGGACGAUAUUUAUUGUUAUAUUUAUCAGAUAUAUUUACAACUAUACAUCACUAUAAAACCAAUCCAAAUUUUUGUUGAAUUUAGCCCUCCCUCCACCCACACCCCAACCAAAUUUUCUCUGCCAAAAUGAGUGUUCACCAAAUUUAUGCCUGGGACUAACUUCUAAGAAAACUUCUAAGAAAAGAAGUAAAAUCUUGCUGACAUUCAAGGUGAAGGUCACAAUUAGCACAGAAACAUUUAUUUUACAUAAUGUUUUUUUUUUCUUGACAAAUAGUGGAUACUGGUAUCCUAAACUCACAUUUUCCACCACUGCUCUUUAACAUUCCAUUAUAUGGAUUAUAAAUCUGGUACAUUGUAUGUUAUUUCAUCUGGUCAAACGAAGAGCAUUUACAACAAACUUCCUCUUGUUCCUGAGUAGAUGAGGUAGAUUUCAUCAGCCAUGGAAUUUUAAGGAAAUAUGAAUUUCAUAUAGGACUCGAACAUGCAGAUUUUUAUUAAAGUUUAUGUUUACCUGUUGGAAUCAACAUUCUUUGAUUGUAGAUUUUUUUUUCCCUCUCAUUUGAGUACACCAUUACUGUAAAUGAUGAUUCCACCAGUCAUUGAUUGAUUGUUAAUGAUCUUGUUAAAAGUUGGUCGACUACGCAGUCAUACGCUGACAGCCUAAUGUUUGAAAUCUUGCGUUUGCUUUUGGUUUUUCUUUGACUUACAUUUUGUAUAUGAUUACAUAUACACAUAUACAGGUACUUGCCAUAUUUUGUAGAUUUUAUAUUUUUGUAUGAAUAAAGUUAUUUUAUAGACA